AUGUUUACUGUGUCUGCAGCUGGUGACUAUCUUCCAACAUAUGUAGUAUAUAAAGCUACUAAUCUAUAUUCCGAAUGGGUUGACGGAGGCCCUGAUGGCACUCGCUAUAAUUGCACGAAAUCGGGUUGGUUUGACUCUGCUUGUUUUGAGGAUUAUUUUAGAACCAUUAUACUAAAGUGGGCAAAGAAUCUAUCAGGGCCAAAAGUCAUAAUAGGUGACAAUUUGUCUAGUCACCUAAAUAUCGAAGUUGUGGAGCUAUGCCAAAAACAUGAUAUUAGGUUUGUGUUUCUUCCACCUAACUCUACACAUCUGACCCAACCUCUAGAUGUAGCGUUUUUUGCCCCUAUAAAAAGAGAAUGGAGAAAGGUACUCACAAAUUAUAAAAUUCAAAAUCCGGGACAGUCAACUGUUAAUAGAAAGCACUUUCCUAAACUCUUGAUCGAAUUAUUAAAAAAUAUUAAUCUCAGAGAAAGCAAUAAUAUAAAAAGUGGAUUUAGAGCCGCGGGAAUAUGGCCAAUAAAUGCCCGAAAUGUAUUGAAACGAACCCCUGAGUAUUUUGGCGAAGAAGUGUACGGACUAGAUUCCGAUUUAUUAGAUUACCUACAAAAAACAAGUUCUUCUAAACCAAUGGCAGUGAAAAGGAGUAAGAAAUUACGUACAGAACCAGGCAAGUCAGUUUGUGCCGCUGAUAUUUUAUUAAAAACAAUUAGUAACAAAAGUGUUCAAAAUAAGAAAGCCAAACAAACUGUACACUUUGAAAACUAUCAGGAUAAUUUCAAUGAUAUAGAAACUAAGAGGCAAGAUAGUGAGAUAAAUAUAUCAGAAGCAGUAACUACUGAAAGAGACAUCGAAGAAAAUGGUAAUACACUAGACGAAAAUGAGCUCGUAUUCAAUGAUAAAAUAGGAUUUUCUUUUAAAAACACACUUAAACAUAUUGAAACUGUUCAGGAGAUAGAAUAUGAAGGUAUUGUUUUUCCGCCCCAUAACUCUAAUGAAAUGCCUUCGACUUCAAAUGAAAAUUAUUAUACAAAUAUAUCCCAUGUGCUUUAUAAUCCCGAUAGUCCCAGAUAG